AUGUUUAGAGUAUUUCGUCGCUGUCAUUCGACUCUUGGCUUCGUGUUUGACAUCGACGGCGUGCUGCUCAAGGGCCAGAAUGCCAUUCCAGCAGCAACCGAGGCCCUCAAUACGCUGCAGGCCAAAAAGGUGCCGUUCAUCCUGCUCACCAAUGGAGGCGGUGUGUUGGAGUCGGCCCGAUGCGAGUUCAUCUCACAGAAGCUGAAACUGCGCUCGCCUCUGCUAUCGCGGCAGAUAGUGCAGUCGCACACGCCGCUGCGCACCCUAGCCAGCAAACACCGCCGGGUCCUGGUCGUGGGUGGUCCUGCCGACUCGGCCCGAGGAGUGGCCCAGGAAUACGGGUUCCGCGAGGUGCUCAGACCCAUCGACCUGAUCAGAGCCAACUCGAAAAUCUGGCCGUUUCACAAAUACACCGAGCAGGAGAUCGCCGACUGGUCGUUGGACCCGGAAAUCAGCAAGGUGGACGUCGACGGACAGAACGAGCCGAUCGACUCCAUUAUGGUCUUCAACGACCCGCGAGACAUGGGCUCCGACUUCCAGAUUAUUAUGGACCUGCUGAACUCGGAGAACGGGCUGCUGGGGACACGGCGGACAUACUCGUCGUCCACGCCGUCGGUGCCUAUCAUCUUCUCCAACAACGACCUGCUGUGGGCGACCGAUUUCAAGCUGCCCCGGUUCGGCCAGGGUGCUUUCAAGAUCAUGGUCCAAGCAUUGUACCAGCACACAAACAACGGGAAGCAGUUGCAACAGCUCACUCUGGGAAAACCGUACAAGGUGACGUACGACUAUGCUCACCACGUGUUGAUAGAUUACUACGAGAGUCUCCAGAGCGGGGAUUUUGAAAAACCUCCGUGCAUGCCGCAGCUCAACGUUGCACCAGCAAAUUCGCCGUUCGACAGGGUUUUCAUGGUUGGCGACAACCCGGAGUCAGACAUCCUGGGAGGUAACUCGUACCACUGGGACACGAUUCUGGUGAGAACGGGUGUUUACAAAGACGGAGACUUUGAGCAGGACUCAAAACUGGCAGAACCAACCUUCGGCACGUUCGACAACGUGCGGGACGGUGUGUUUGCUGCUCUAGAGAAAUACGCAUGA